AUGAGAAAUAGUUUCUUCACUGAAGGUUUGUUUUUUGCAGGCAUAUCUCCAAAGGCUUCUUUUGCAGGUGCUCCAAAUAAUAUCCAGGUGCCAAAGAAAGCUGUGAGUUCAUUUGAGCAACAGAAACUUGGAGCUGAAGAUUUGGGGUAUGAGAUUACUAGAAGGAAUUUGAGAAAACUGUAUGGUGGUAUUAUUGUUGACUCCGAGAGAUUACCAGCUAAUCCACGUCUUUGCUUCCAUGCUUCGUUUCUCACUUUCUCAUUGGAAGGCAAAGGUAAAUUAAUGAUCCCUGAAAAGAAGGGAAUUUGGCUCAAGUUACCGGCUGAAAAAUCAGAGCUUGUACCAGUUGCAGUGAAGGAAGGAUUCCGAGUAUCACCACGCAGAGAAAGGUUAUGCAAUGUUAACUUAUUGGCUGCCACAAGGACCCAGCGUGUUUCCUGGGUUCUGUCUGAGGAGAUUUAUACAGGAGCCGUAAGAGAAGUCAAGGCUUCACCCGUUUCCAAAUACGAAUAG